AUAACUGUUUCUGGCUAAUGUAUAAUAUUCACCAUCAAAUGAUCGAUAUUAUGUCAUGUACUUUUCGGAGAUUUAAAUUUGAAGUGUGUAUUCUAACUUUUAUGAAAUUCUAAUCGAAUCGUGGUGUAACGAUUUCCCUUUAUUUGACAGCUCCACUUGCAUCUCUAUUACUAGAAAGGAUGAACGAUCGACUGGUCGCCGGAGGAGGAGCAAUACUCAGCGCGACUUGCCUACUCAUAUGUGCUUUUUCAACUAAUGUUGUAGUUGUGGGCGUGGGUCUCGCAUUAACAGGGACCGGUUUUGCCUGUAUUUUUCUGCCCACAACGCUCAUCAUAAACGACUAUUUCCCUGAUAAUUUUGUCAUGAUGAACACGCUUUCCUUGUAUGGUCUGACUGCAGGUGCAGCUUUCAUACCGUUCAUCGUAGAAAGAUCGGAAGAGGCUUACGGGUACCACGGAAGUUUUCUGAUCUUAGCCGGUAUUGGUUUUCACGUCAUGGUGUGUGCUGCGGUAAUCCGUAAACCAAUCAUGAAGAAAAUUAAAAGUCAUUGUCCUGAAGCUAAGACGAUGGGACUGGCUCGAACAGAUAGCGAGAUGACAAGUAAGCUUAUACGACCGAAAAAUAACAGCGCUCUGGAAUCAAGGGGUGAAGAUAUUCCUUCUCAGGAACAUCAGUCAACCAGUACAGGAUCUGAUCAUUCAGAGAUUGCGUUUGAUGACGUUGAUGCUGCUGUGACCACUGAACACUUACCACUGAUCACCGAAGAAGACAACGACGAACUGAUGGGGGCGUCUGCAGGGACAUCGAAGGGCAAUGCCGAACCUUGGUAUAAGUUCUGUUUCACAGGUCUUACGUUUCAUGACUGGCUGGUCCUGUUGAACAUGCCAUCGUUUUACAUCUUCUCAUACGCAUUUUACGGUUGGAUUCUGUUCUUGGUACCCCAUGCCGAAUCCCUUGGAAUUAUCAGUUCCCAUGCGGUAUUAUUAUCCUCCUUGGCAGGUAUUGGAGGUAUCUUAGGAAGAACAGUGUUCAUUAUUCUCAUUUCUAAAAACGUCGAUCCUUUAUUGAUAUACAUCCCCGUCAGUAUUGUCUGCACCCUGACUUUUCUCCUUGACUUCGUCGGAUCAGGGUAUCAUGUUCGGGCCGGUUUGGCGUUCGUCCAAGGCAUUUGUUUCUUUACUGAAGAUACUAUGCCUCUUGCCGUGGUAAAGAAGAUUGUAUUAGACCCAGACAAAUUCAGACGAUUUUCUGCAAUGGUAUUUUUAUGUUUUGGAUUAGGAGCAACUUCAGCAGGUUAUAUGACAGGAUUUCUGUUCGACUUAACUCAUUCCUACACCAAGGUCUUCAUGUUCAUCGGUGUUCUUCACUUUGUUUCUACGGUAAUCUUGAUCACCACCGUUAUCUUAUUGAGAACGCAUUCACCGAGGAUCACCACGGAAGGGAACAAGUGA